AUGCAUCUCCUCAACCUGACGUUGCAGCCCGCAACGUCUGUCACGGCCGCCGCCGUCGGAUCCUUCUCCGGCAAGGGCCAGGAGAUCCUCGCCGUUAGGGGGAGCACGAGACUCGAGAUCUUGAAGCUCAACCCGUCGACAGGACAACUGGACUCUAUCUGUAGCUCAGAGGCGUUCGGCACCGUUCGUAAUGUUGCCGCCUUCCGACUCGCGGGCAUGGGCAAGGACUACAUCGUCCUUUCCUCGGACUCAGGACGACUGUCGAUCAUCGAGCUCGUGAUCUCGCCGACGCCGCACUUCGAGUCGCUGUACCAGGAGGUGUACGGCAAGUCGGGGUCGCGACGAACGAUUCCCGGUCAGUUCCUCGCCGUCGACCCGAAGGGCCGAAGUGCGAUGUUCGGCGCUGUCGAGAAGCAGAAGUUGUGCUACAUCCUGAACCGCAACACGGAGGGCAAGGUGUACCCGUCAUCUCCGCUUGAGGCGCACAAGAACCACACGCUUGUGGUCAACAUGAUCGCAUGCGACACUGGCUACGACAACCCGAUGUUUGCGGCGCUUGAGCUCGACUACGGCGACUCGGAUCAUGAUGCAACGGGCGAGGCGUACCGCGCGGCGGAGAAGCACCUGACGUUCUACGAGCUCGACCUCGGCCUGAACCACGUCGUGCGCAAGUGGAGCGAGCCGACGGACCGACGCGCCAACCUUCUCGUCCAGGUUCCCGGAGGACAGAACGCGAACACGGAUCGGUUUGACGGACCCGGCGGAGUGCUGGUGUGUACGGAGGACUACGUGAUCUGGAAGCACAUGGAUGCUGAGGCGCACCGCGUUCCGAUCCCUCGGAGACGGAAUCCGAUGGCGAAGCCAGGCCAAUCUUCGCGCGGCAUCAUCAUCGUCGCCGCUGUCACGCACAAGAUCAAGGGCUCGUUCUUCUUCCUUCUGCAGUCCGAGGACGGCGACCUGUUCAAAGCGACGAUCGAGCACGAGGGCGAGGACGUCCGCGCCCUCCGAAUCAAGUACUUUGACACGGUGCCCGUCGCAACCUCGCUCUGCAUCCUGAAGAGUGGUUAUCUGUUCGUCGCGAGCGAGUUUGGCGAUCAGGGACUGUAUCAGUUCCAGAGCCUUGCGGACGAUGACGGAGAACGCGAGUGGUCCUCGACCGACUACCCCGGCUUUGGCCUCGGCGAGGAGCACCUCCCGUACGCCUUCUUCCAACCGCGGCCACUGCAGAAUCUCCUCCUUGCGGACACGCUCUCGUCGCUCGAUCCGAUUCUCGAUGCUCAGGUCGUCAACCUUCUCGGCAACGCCUCGGACACGCCGCAAAUCUACGCCGCAUGUGGUCGUGGACCGCGGUCCACGUUCCGCUCCCUGAAGCACGGCCUUGACAUCAAUGUGCUCGUCGAGUCGCCGCUGCCCGGUGUGCCGAACGCUGUCUGGACCCUGAAGCUCAGCGAGGACGACGAGUACGACUCGUACAUUGUGCUCUCGUUCCCGAACGGAACGCUCGUGCUGUCAAUCGGCGAGACGAUCGAGGAGGUCAACGACACUGGAUUCCUCUCGUCCGGCCCGACGCUGGCCGUGCAGCAGCUCGGCUCUGCCGGUCUCCUGCAGGUCCACCCUGCUGGCCUUCGGCAUAUCCGCGCCGCCGACCGCGUCGACGAGUGGAACGCUCCGGCAGGCACAACGAUCGUCUCGGCAACCACGAAUAAGAAUCAGGUCGUCAUUGCGCUUAGCACACAGGAGCUCGUCUACUUUGAGCUCGACGAGGAGGGAUCGCUGAACGAGUACCAGGAGCGCAAGUCGCUGCCUGGAAACGCUACGUGUGUUUCGAUCGCCGAUGUGCCGGAAGGACGAAGGCGGACGCCCUACCUCGCGGUUGGAUGUGACAACCAGACGGUGCACAUCAUCUCGCUUGAGCCGGAUAACACGCUCGAGACGUUGUCUCUGCAGGCGCUGACUGCGCCGCCGUCGGACAUUUGCCUCGCGGAGAUCUUCGACACGUCCAUCGACAAGAACCGUGCAACCAUGUUCCUGACGAUUGGUCUCCUCAACGGUGUGCUUCUGCGAACAGUCGUGGACCCGGUCGACGGCUCGCUGUCCGACACCCGCCUCCGCUUCCUCGGCAGCAAGCCGCCGCGCAUCGUCCGCAGUGCAGUGCACGGCUCGCCCGCUGUCAUGGCGUUCUCGUCCCGCACGUGGCUUCUGUACACUUACCAGGACCUGCUGCAGACGCAGCCGCUGAUCUACGACAUGCUCGAGUACGCGUGCAACCUGUCCGCGGCCAUGUGCCCCGAUGGCCUCAUUGGUAUCAGCGGCAACACGCUGCGGAUCUUCACGAUCCCGCGUCUCGGCACCAAGCUGAAGCAGGACAGCAUGCCGCUGUCGUACACGCCGCGCAAGUUUGUGUCGUAUCCUUACAACACGGUGUUCUACGGCAUCGAGGCGGACCACCGCGUGUGGUCGGCGCAGGCGAUGGAGAAGGCGACCGAGGAGAAGAAGCGCGAGGGCGACGAGAAGGCGCUCGCCGUACUCGAGCUGCCGCCGGCAGAGUUUGGCCGCGUCCGUGCGCCGGCAGGACACUGGGGCAGUCUUAUCCGCGUCAUCGACCCGCUGCAGAACACGACGCUGCAGACUCUCGAGCUGGACGAGGACGAGGCGGCCUUUUCGCUCGCCGUGUGCUACUUUGAGCGCAUGGGCGGUGAGCCGUCGCUCGUUGUCGGCACGGGCGUCAAGACGACGCUCAUGCCGAAGGGCUGCAAGGAGGGCUGGCUUCGCGUCUAUGCGAUCCGGGACGAGGGUAAGCGGCUCGAGUUCAUGCACAAGACGAAGACGGACGAUGUGCCACUCGCCGUCGCGGCGUUCCAGGGCUACCUUCUCGCUGGUGUCGGCAAGUCGCUCCGCCUGUACGAGAUGGGCAAGAAAGCUCUGCUCCGCAAGUGCGAGAACAACGGUUUCCCAACAGGCGUCGCUACGAUCAACGUUGUCGGUGCGCGCAUCAUCGUCGGCGACUUGCAAGAGUCGACAUUCUACUGCGUGUAUCGCUCGAUUCCGUCUCGACAGCUUCUCAUCUUUGCCGACGACAGCCAGCCGCGCUUCCUCACGGCCGUCUGCAACGUGGAUUACGACACGGUGUGCUGCGCGGACAAGUUUGGCAACAUUUUCGUGAACCGGCUCGAGGAGCGUGUAUCCGAAAAGGUCGACGACGACCCGACGGGCGCGGUGAUUCUGCACGAGAAGGGUUUCCUCAUGGGCAGCGCGAACAAGACGGACCUGAUUGCGCACUACAACGUCGGCUCGGUCGUCACCUCGCUGACCAAGGUCAGUGUCGCGCCUGGAGGCCGCGACGUCGUGGUUUACACGACCAUCAGCGGAGCCGUCGGCGCCCUCGUGCCGUUCAUCAGCAACGACGACGUCGAGUUCAUGACAACGCUCGAAAUGCACAUCCGCUCCCUCAACACGUCGCUCGUGGGACGCGACCACCUCGCGUACCGCGGGUACUAUGCGCCUGUCAAGGCGGUCGUCGACGGCGACCUCUGCGAGUCCUUCAACAUGCUCCCGUACCCGCAGCAGCAGGCGAUUGCGGCGGACCUCGACCGCAACGUUGGCGAAGUGCUCAAGAAACUGGAGCAGCUGAGGACGGGAAGUGUGUUCUAA